UGCUGCAGAAGCAUAUACCGACCAGAGCAGAAAAGCCAGGCCACACCUUCCAGUUCAAAUAAUCCAGCCCUUCUGUGCCUCACACUGAGAAACUCCCUCCGCUGGGAAUUCAGCAUUUUGCUCGGGUGCUGCAGACCUGUGCUCUCAGCUUGCCAUGUAGUGAAGGGAUGAGCUGGGAUCCUUCUGGAGUCUGAGUGUCGGUGAUGCAAACCAGAGGAGCACAGGGUGGUUAAAGCGAGCUUCCCUCUCUACCAUCUCCCAAACAGAUUCAUGUUCAAGACUUCUGCAGACAACUAUAUAAUGUGCAGCAGAUGUGUAAUGUGUGAGUCACUCUCCAGCUUUCCAGGGGACAAUAGAUGGAUUGCUCCGGACUCGGUGUUUUCCAAUCUUAGCACAUUUUCCAAGUGCCUUUUAUUAUUUUCCAUUCCACAUUAAAACUAAAUAACAACAUUUAAGCUUCACCACUGUUCGGAGUGAUGGACCUUGUGGAGCCUUCACAGCCAGAGACCUUUGCAGAAGAGUAUUUAAGUGAUCUUAUUUUACAGUCCUCCACAGUUAAAUUAUAAGACUUAUAAGAGACAUCACCAGUAUACAGAGUUUAGAGAGCUACAAAACAGCUGCAUGUGACAUGUCGUCAUUUAUUUCCAUGACCGUUUGAGAAAUGACUGAGAAUCCACAGGAUGCAAAUUACUAGAAACUUGCAGGAUGGAGUGAAACAUAAAUAAUGUGUCUGUGUGUAUGGACCAAUGCAGUCUAGAGACGGUGACAGGUAAAAAAUCAAGAGGAGGGAAAUGAGUGGAGCACUGUCUGAACUCCUACCCCCUCUGGAUUGCAACUGCUGUUUCCAAGAGGCUGUGGAAAGGAACCCACCAGUGAACAUUGUGAAUGACCUUCAUUUAUCACUGUGACUGUCACUCUGUAAUCAUGUACUGCAAAGCUUUUGCCAAAUUCCCAGAGAGGAAGGCAUUUAAAAUGCCUGUGUGAUUUGUGUGACUAGUAGAGAUGAUGGUGUUAGCAGACAGCAAGCCAAGCAUCCCUGAGCCCUUUUAAACAUCAGCUCAGAGUCUACCUGAACCAAACAAACUCCAAACAGGGUUUGUUUGGGCUUCAUUCACCAUCAAAUACACAGAUUUGUUCCUGGCAAAAGCUGUGUUUGCUGUGGCAGAGUCUGGCUGUUUCUUGCCUUGAUGACUGGGCUGCUUUCGUGAAUGAGGUACAGCAUCACUGUGGGCCUUUAAUUGUGUUUAAUUUUGAUUUGGUUUUGUUUGGCCUAGAUUCUGAGACCUCUUUUUUUUUUUUCUUUUUCAAGAAGAGGUUUGCAAAGAAAGAUGAAUGGGAGGAGUCCCACACUGUUUGCUUGCUGAUGUGGAGAUCAGAAAGUGCCAGUAUCUCACAAUACGCAUUACACCUUGUUUCCCUUUCAGGGCUGCAGGAGGAAGCUGUAAGAUGAUUUAUUAGCGGUUGGCUAAGCAGAAAAGAAAAAGCAGAACAAAUACAUCCCUGCGCUGUCCUAACAGAGAAGGAGAGAGAGAAACUGUGUCUUAAAUCCAUGGCUGUAAUAAACAGUUAUUUGUUCAGCCACACAGCUGUACCAUCAGGAACAGAGCUCAGGGCUUUGUUUGCAUCACUAACACUGAAAAAAGACUCUCAACACUGUCUUGCUGCAUCACCAUCCUCUACAUCCUGCUGCUGUGUGUUUUUAAGGGUUUUGAGGAUUACAUUGGCAGCUUCUGGCUUAAAUGACUACGUGUUCCUCUGCAUCCUGGUAUCAUGAGUUGUCUAGCUGGCCCUGAUGAAAGAGCAUUCUUGGGGCACAUCUUGGCCCACUUCCUGUUGGAUAUGAAGGAAGCAAUCACUGGGAAAACUUCACUAUAGAAUGAGGAUAACUUUGGGGAUUCAGAGCUCCAUAAAUGAGUCCUUGUAACAGGGCUGCACUGCUAGUCCAUGAUUAAGGAGCUUGUUCCAAAGUACAUUGCCUUGCUACGAUCCUGGCAGAUUUGAUGCGACUGGAGGUUGUUAGUCUAAACCACUUCUGAGCUCUGGGAGAAGGAAAAGUGGCACAGCUGGUGCCCAGGGCUCAUGGAGAGAUUCCUUGAGCAGAGUCUUUUAACACGGGUCACAGUGGUCUCUAUCUUUGUCACCUCUGUCCUGCUCUUAAGUAAAUGCUUGUACUCAUGGUGCCCCAAGCUGCCCUGCCUUCGCUAUGUGGAACGAAGAGGCAGGCAGGGCAUGCUGGACUCUAUCCCUGUGCCCCUUCCCAACCUGGAGGUGGUGUCUACCAUGCCUUGCCCCACGGUGACUCUGGAGGAGGUGGAGGGGUUUUAUCGGGAGCUGCACACUCCAACUGGGGGCAGGAUGGUGGUGAAGCAGCUGCUGAACAAGUUGCUGGUCUAUGUAGGCAAGGAGGUGGACCACAGGGGUGAUUGUCUCAUGCUGAUGGAGAUGGGCAUCUCACUAGCCAUUCCACCAGGGGCAGUAGCACUGGGACAGACAAAGAAGGUCUCUUUGGUGCUCAUCUGGGACCUGUCGGAUUCUCCCCCGCUGUCCAGCUCACAGGCCCUCAUCAGCCCUGUUGUGUACUGCGGGCCCCACGGUUCGGUGUUCCAGAAGCCGUGUCAGCUAGUGUUCAAGCACUGUGCAGGGAGUGCAACGCAGGCAAGGGCUUAUACUAGCAACACCGACCUCCUCAGUUCUAAGGUUUGGUGCCCCGUCCAGGACAGAGAGGAGCUCAAGGCAAGAACCACUAGGGACGAGUGCCAGAUACAGCUCUUGCACUUCAGCCUCUACACCUGUGUCCUCGAAGCUCCAUGGAACUCGGAGGCUCGGAAGUGGCUGCAGCUGGCCAUCUUCUGCUCCCCACUAGCUGCUGACCAGACUCACUUCCAAAUCCGCAUAUACUUCCUCAACAACACACCCUGUGCCCUGCAGUGGGCAGUUACCAAUGAGCAGCCCUUUCGAGGAGGCCUCUGUGGCCCAGUCCAGAUCUUCAAUUUCACUGGCAGGACCAAGGAUAUGUGCCUGGCUCUCAAGUACCUCUCGGAUGGUUGGGAAAACGUGGAUGACAGUAGCUGCCAGGUUGUCCCCCACCUCCACAUCUGGCAUGGAAGAUGUCCAUUUCGUUCCUUCUGUUUCCGGAGGAAGCAGAAUGAAGAAGGGGCCGUGCCUAGCGGUGAAAUCAUUGUGACAAUGCACACCUACCAGAGCGGCCUGGAGAAGAAGUAUAUGGAAAUCUUGAGAUUUCAAGCCCCAGAAAAUGGGUCACAGAUGACCCGAAUCUCCUCUUCCCCUCUUUGCAACAGAAUGCCCCGGGAACUCUUUGAGCAGUUGCAGAUGUUGCUGGAGCCAAACAGCAUCAGUGGGAAUGACUGGCGCAAGCUGGCUUCCAGGUUGGGCCUGUGUGGUAUGAAAAUCAGUCUUGGAUAGAAAUGAGAGAUGGAUGGAUAGAACCGGCGAGGAGCAGCCCGCUCAUCUAUGUUCUAAAUCGGGGAUCGGCAAUGCAAGGCCAUUUUCCUUGGCAAACCAAAAUCGACCCAGACUCUGGGCAGCUUCUCCCAGCAGCUGCCCAGAGCCCGGGGAGGCUGCAAGUGGUUGCAUGGAGCUCCACAGCCUUGGCACGAGUUCUGUGGCUGUGGCAGCUGUGGGGUCCAGAGCAACGCAACUCUGGCUCCUUCCCCACUGUCCACCUAGGCGCAUGCAUGCAGCCAGUGCCAGCAACGAGGAUUGGGGCCCUUGUGGCUCUCCCAUCUCUGGCUCACCAAGUCAAGGUGUGGGUGGAGGUUGGGGUGAUCUUGGCACUCCAGCCAAAAAUGUUGCUGACCCCUGCUCUAAAUACAUAAUUGCUUCUGGCUGUGUAAUGCUUUGCCUCCUCUUGUGCAUGUUGGAAAUGAUCCUGAUAAGAAUAACAAUCCUGAUAAGAAUAACAAUCAAGCCCUUUCAUUCCCUUAAGUGUUUUAUGGCUGGACAGCAUGUUUCUCGCUAAUUAGUUUUCACCUGCAAUUUCGUUUCUUGAUUGUUUUUGGCCAAGGAGGUAUGCCUGCAUCAGAGAUAAGGGCCCCCAGGCUUUGGGGCAGGUCAGGUAGGUGAUGGUAUUGCAGCAUGCUUGAAUGUAGCUGUCUUACACUCAGCCCUGCUGCACGCCACUCUGAAACAUCAGGAGUCCUAGAGGAUGGUUCAUGAAAUCUGAGGCUGGUCCUAGAGCAUGUAGGUCAGUCUUAUUCCAUGCUUGAAUCAUUGGUAUGGCCCAUAUUUACAACUGUGCUGAGUACCUGCAGCUCCUUAUAAAGCCAUUGAAAGCUAGGGGGUUGAGGGGCGGAGAAGGCUAGGACUGUUGAUUGGGACCCAUGUAGUAAAUAUGAGGAGGGAGCUUGAGCAAGAAAGAAAGAGGCUACCCAAUGCAAUGGAGUGGGGUCUUGCUCUAGCUCCUUCAGACUGUUUUGGCAGAGGUCUGAGUCAAGGCACAAAGGCAUUCAGUACAAAUAUCCAAGGUAAAGAGACACUUGGGUAUAAUCUACCAUAAUAUAGUCCUCUGGCUGACAGCUCCAUAGGCCUGGAAUGACAGAGACAUGCAUGGACUGAUUUAGAGCUUAUCUUGGUGAGAAUCCAACCAGAGUCGGGGGCUGCUCUGCACUUCUGAAGAUCUGAUUGAAGUUUAGAAAUGGUGCCCCUUCCUAGAAAUGUAGCUGUGCAUGUGCCUUGGCCAGUUUUCAACUAACUCUUUCUCCAGAGAAUCCUGAACAUUAGGAAACUGGUAGCAGUGCUGCCCAGUAACUUGAUGAACUAUUGCAUCAGGUGGAGUGGAAGGUUAAAGAGUGAAUCUACUUUUCACAGGAAAAGCUAUGGUUAAGAGCUCAAGGCCUGACAGAGCUCCAAUUAAUUAACAUUAAUGAAUCUGCCUAAAUCCCCUAGUCUGCUUUGAAAGGUUUGGUCUGUUUGCUGCCCUAUUCGGGCUUCCUGUGUCAGUUAACCAAAUAGCUGGGACUCUGGACUAAGAUAUGCUUUGGAACGUCAGGAAGGGGAACCUCAUGCGUUAGCCAUAAGCGUGGCGGCCUUCUCAGGACACGUGAGAAGCUCGCAAGAGGAAAACUAGGAUGGGAUUUUGCAAGGAUCCUCAGUUAAAUAAUUAUCCUCUCAUCAGACCUAUCCCCUGGCUCUUCCGUUCUUCUUAUUCAUAGAUGUUAGGGGCCAGAAGGGACCUCACAAGAUCAUCAGGUCCACCUGAUGAUCUGCCAGCUUGGUGGGCUGCCUGUUCUGUAGACAUAGCAGCGAGCUCUGACUCAUGAUCUACUUCUCACUCCAGUACCAGAAGCGGGAGGGAGGAAUUUGGUUUCCAGGGAACAGGUCCAGCAGCCUGCCACUCACAGCAGACUGACUCAUGCCCCAGGUUCCCAUUUAGCCUGCACAUUUAGCCACACAUACACACAGCUAUUCACCUUCCUGCUCUGAUUCUGCUAAGGAAAGAUCUACCCUUGUAGUCAAAGUGCCGUGGAGGAAAAAACUGACUUGGGGCCAGUCUCUGUCCAUCUUAGUUUAAACCUUUUGCUUGAUGAGUAGUAACAGCUAGCAUUUGCAGAGACCUCACCUCUGUACAGGAACAGAUGAGUGGUGUCAAGUCCCUUUAACAAAUGGCAAAACUGAGUCAGGGGGAAGUGAUUUGCCCAAAGAGACAGAAGGAGUGAGACAGUAGCAGAGCCUGGAUCAGAACUGAGUCCCAAUUCCUGUCCCCUCUCCAUUGUGCUUCGUUGUCUUGGUGUUACUAAAGGCUGUUGAUAGGCUGUGUGGGGAAGCCUGGGUGCUGGGCAACUGACCCG